AGAGCGGGGUCCCAGCCCCCUGGUCCUGCCGGGGGCUUUCUUCUUUUAUUCUAGAGCCCUCGGCGCCCGGCUGCGCGCAGCUUUCCCAUUUGUAGGUGAAACCCUAUUGGCUUCCCAGGCUCCUGGAUUUAAACCACGCCCGGCUUUCCGUCCGCUCGCUGCCUGGGGGCCAGGUCGUCCGGCAGCCCCAGCCCAGCCCGGAGGGAGCCGGGGCGGCGGCGGUGCUAUUGUGUGCAUGCCGCGCGGGUCUUCUUCUCUCCUGGUCCAGAGAUGGCGAACCGGGGCCCGAGCUACGGCUUAAGCCGCGAGGUGCAGGAGAAGAUCGAGCAGAAGUAUGACGCAGACCUGGAGAACAAGCUGGUGGACUGGAUCAUCCUGCAGUGCGCCGAGGACAUAGAGCACCCACCCCCGGGCAGGGCCCAGUUUCAGAAAUGGUUGAUGGACGGGACGGUCCUGUGUAAACUGAUUAACAGUUUAUACCCACCAGGCCAAGAGCCCAUCCCAAAGAUCUCCGAGUCAAAGAUGGCUUUUAAGCAGAUGGAGCAAAUCUCUCAGUUCCUCAAAGCUGCGGAGAUCUAUGGCGUCAGGACCACAGACAUUUUUCAGACGGUGGAUCUAUGGGAAGGGAAGGAUAUGGCGGCUGUGCAGAGGACCCUGAUGGCCCUUGGGAGUGUCGCGGUCACCAAGGAUGAUGGCUGCUAUCGAGGAGAGCCCUCCUGGUUCCACAGGAAAGCCCAGCAGAACCGGAGAGGCUUUUCGGAAGAGCAGCUUCGCCAGGGACAGAACGUCAUAGGCCUUCAGAUGGGCAGCAACAAGGGAGCGUCCCAGGCGGGCAUGACCGGGUACGGGACGCCCAGGCAGAUCCUGUGAGACGCCGAGUCCCGCUCCUGUCGAGGGGACGAAUGUUCCGCACCAUGGUCUCCAUGGAAACGAAAUAGUUAGCCACCUCUGCCCUUCUCCUCUUUCUCCAAGCCUCCUGUCCUUGGUAUUUGCAAGUGCUGCUGCAUUUCCCCUGAAACUCCACGUUGCCUACUGCUGCCACCUUCUGUUCAUU